AUUACCAAAAUUGAGUGACUAAUAAGUAAUAACUGCCUUUUCUUUCUUUCUUUUUUCUUCCGAAAGUGGGACGGGGAAACAAAGACCACAGUCGUUCUCCUACUCUCUAUCUCUCUCUCUCUCUCUCUCGCGCGCUCGCUCUCGCCAGUCUUCUUGCUUGGCUCAAUUAUCUCUCACAACCAAAAAGAAAAAGAAAAAAAGAUGAUGGGUUAUGGGUCUUAUGGUCAUGGGGGAUUUUCAUCAUCAUCUUCCAAUUUAUCAGCUUUAGCCCCGCCUUUUACCGUUUCUCCAAAACCCAAUUCAAGCCCACUUGUGGAUAUGACUGAACCCUCAUAUGGUGUUCCCUUGAGUUCUUCUCUGCACAAUUGGCUUCCUUCCCACUAUCCUAAUUCUGGGCCCGGUUAUUUCUCGAACCACAAUUCAGAAUUCAAUCCGAUGCCUUCAUCAAAUGCGUUUAGCUACCCGGGCUUGCAGGAUAUUGAGUCACCCAAUACCCAUUUGCCUCCAGUGAACCCUAGUGCCUCGGCUUCAGCUGAUGCAUUCUUGCGUGGUCAAUGCUUGGAUGGCGUGGCAGCUAGUCUUGUGGAAGACAAGCGAUAUCAUCCAACUUAUGCCCCUCCUGCAAUUCAAGAUCAUGAUCCUUUGGUGGCUCCUGAUAAAACUAGUUAUGAUUGUUUUUCAAGUUCCCGUGUUGCCACCUUGGAUGGGUCCUCCAACAAUGAUUACAUCCUGCCCGGCUCAGGUUAUACAGCUGAUUGGGGUGAGUCGUGGAAUAGAUUAGGAGACUGGGAGCAUGGUAAGCAGGUGGAACUUGAAGGGAGUUUCUGCUCAAAGGACAUUUACAAGAAUUAUAUGAACCAAGGGGCCCAUGCAUCCAAGGGUUUGAGUGCAUAUGAAGAAGCUUCCCAUAUCAUUGAUAUGUUGGGUUGGGAAAAACAUGGUGGGUCUGUAAGUAUGGAACGGUCUAAUGAUAAAUCCUUCUCCGGGAAAAAUCCCAGAAUCAUGCCUGUUGAUUAUUCAAAAAUAACGUCAUUCAUGGGUCCCCCUUCACCACUUCCAGAAAACCACCCUAAUGCACCAGCAAGCUCCAGGAGCUGUCAAGUGCCAUACAACACUUCAUUUGAGAAGCACCUGAGACAGCAUGAUGCUAGUCCGAGGGAUGGUGCAUCAUUUAUGACCUCUUCACCUUCGCUUGUCAUUAGACAACCAGAUAUUGACACCAGCUUCUCUGCACCAAAUAGAGGUCCACUAAAGGAUGUGAAUUUUGGGACUGAUGCUACUGAUCCAGAUCCUUAUGGUAAUAAUCCCUCCAAUGUAAAUGAAUUUUGUCCCUUGUUAAGUUCUGCUAGCAAAGCUCGGUUUGAUACAAGCCAAGUCAGCAUUCACCUAGACAGAAAUGAUUGUAUUAGUGUGGACUCAUUCUCAGCAGAAAAUGAAAAGAUGUCGAAGGACAAAAGCAUUUCUGAGGAUGUCUUGGAUCAAGUUUUUAAAGCAAAAUCUGCACUUCAAAUUUCUCAUACAAGUUCAGAUGGCUUCAAUUUGGCACUUGAUUUUAUUGAAGCCAUCAAUCCUGUUGAGAAUUCUUCUGAGAGCUUAGAUCAUUAUAGCCCUGCUGUGGACUCACCAUGCUGGAAAGGAGCUCCAGUUACCUGUUUUUCUCCAUUUGAAGCUUCUAAAGCUGUCAAUUCUCACUAUUUGAAGAAAUUAGAAUCAUGCAAUAGUUCAGAUUUUCCAAUGCCUCAGUUUUUCCAUCUCAAUAUUGAUGAUGCUGUAAAACUAUCCUCUCAAAAUCCAAAUGAGAAGACAGAUCAUGUGGAAAGAGGUUUAAGACCUAAUCUGAAGAGGCCUUUGGAUGCUAAUUCAUUAUUUAGAGAACCCAGAUUGGAUGAUUCUGCGAAAGCUGGGUCCUUUCAUUCAAAAUCAAGCUGUGGCUAUGAGGCUCAACAUUCUGAUAACAUUUGUGAACCAGAGAAAGGCCAUGCCUUAACCAGAAAGCCCACAGGUGAUUCAGACUUAAAACCUUCCCUCACCAUGCAACAAAAAUUUGAAGCAAAUAAAAUGAUUUCUGAAAAUAAGCACUCAUCAGAGACUUGUGUUGCAGAUUUGGUAUCAAAUAUCGUUGAUUUUGCAAGAUAUGGUUCAUCUAAUGAGCCAUGUCAUGCCACUGAGAAUGGUCUAUCUUCAGUGUCGUCGGUGGAAGAUGCUUCUUCUAAGCUUACCAAGCAUGAGGCAGAUUCAACCCCAAAAAUAGAUGUCCAGAUUCUGGUUAAUACAAUGCGUAGCCUGUCUAAUGUUCUUCUGUUUCACUCUUCAAAUGAUUCACUUGUACUGAAGGAAGGAGAUCUUGAGGCCCUUAAAGAUGUCAUCUUUAAUCUUCAUCGAUGUAUAGUAAAGGACAACGAACAAAUUAUUCCAACACAAGAAUCACUGUUUCCCCACCAAGGCACAUCUCAAGAUCUUGAAGAGUUACCUAAGCUUCCAAAGGAAGUGAGUGUGGACAGGCGUAGGCUGAGAAAGGAAGCAGAUGUUAUUGCUCAGGAUCAGCUUGACCAUCAGUGUCUCCAUGAAGAAAAGCAUAAUGAUAUUGGGGCUGGUAAUAAAAUGGAGAUGGCAUCAGAUUCUGUUUCUCCGAAGGGUGAUAUGGCUAAAGAAGAUAACAUGACCCAGGCUAUUAUGAAGGUUCUCAGUGAACAUUUUGAUUGCGAAGAAGAAACACAGUCACAGAGCCUCUUGUAUAAGAAUUUAUGGCUUGAGGCAGAAGCUGAAUUAUGUUCCAUCAACUAUAAAGCUCGCUAUAAUCGCAUGAAGAUUGAGAUGGAGAUGGAGAAAUCUGAGUCACACAAUGCAAAAGAAAAUACUUUGGAUGUGGAAGAAAAACUAGGAUCCAUGGCCUCUCAUGAUUUAGACACAGUUGACAAAUUGGCACCUGAGACUAAGGCUGGCCCUUCCCCUGAUAUUUCCAUCCAGUAUACCCCUCCCAUCCAAGAUGUUAUUGCCAGAUAUGGAAUUCUAAAACGCCGGAUCGACCACAAUUCUGCUUCAGAUGUAGAGGAACUAUCAAGCUCAAAGGUGUAUCAUGAUACGGACAAGGUUGAAAAGUUGGCAUCUGAAGCAACUGAAGCAAAGUGUCUGACCCAAGAUUCUUCCAUUAGGAAUUCUCUUAUUGUUAGCACAACCUGCCAUGCUGAUGAUGUUAUGGCCAGAUUUCAUAUUCUAAAACGCCUGGUUGACAACUCAAAUUCUGUGAAAGCUACAGAUGUAGAGGAACCAUCAAGCUCUAGUGUCUCUCCUGAUCUGAGCAAGGCUGACAAGUUGGCACCUGAAGCAACUGGAGCGAUGGGCACCCUGAUCCCUGAUAUUUUCAUCCAGAAUUCUCCCAUUUCAACCACAAGCUGCCACACAGAUGAUGUUGAGGCUUCUGUCCUGGCCCGGUUCAGUAUCCUUAAAUGUCGGGAUGACAACUUGAAUUCCACGGAUUUUGAAAGGCAAGAACUGUCAGAAUUCGAUCAUCUUGGGUUUGCAGGUGUGGGAAUCCAUAGGCCAAUUAUUAGAGACAGAUCAGAGGAUGGAAGCACGGAUGUAAAAUUGGGACCUGUCUUGCAGCAUCACACUGCCAGCAGUACUGAAGACAAGUUAACUGUGAAGGAGUUCCAUCUACAUGGGGAUGAUCCAGUGAUCCAAUCUUGCCCGUCCAACGGGCUUGGGGACCCGCUUCCUGCUGGUUGGUAUGAUAGUACCUCAUCAGAUUGGGAGCAUGUAAUGAAGGAGGAGCUUGUGGGGUAGAACUGUUCACCUCAAGUUGGACGUGAAUGUCCCUUGUGUAAAGUGGCUCUGUAUCUUCUGAAAGACGUUAUAUGCAGUUUAUGUAUAGAACAUAGCAAUACUUCUAAAAUAGUAUUUGAGUGAGCUUUGAACUUGUAAACAGUUUUUAAUCUGGAUUAUCGGAACCUAUUACCUAUGGUUUGUAUAAGAAAAACAUGCAAAAGCUAUGCAAAUUGCUGGAUAA